AUGGUGAAGGGUCAUUUUAUGAAGAAUUACCGGGUGUAUAUCCUCACCUCGGUGGCCUAUUUGGGCUCUCUCCUCUUUGGAUAUGACACGGGUGUGAUGGGCUCGGUCCUGGCCCUCGACAGUUUCAAGAAGGAUUUCGGACUGCCGACAGGAAAGGGUGGAUUUGCCGACGACAAGAAUGCAUCCGUCUCUUCGAAUGUGGUCAGUCUGCUGACCGCAGGCUGCUUCUUCGGCUCCAUCUUCGCUGCGUACAUCAAUGACCGGAUCGGCCGUCGCUAUUCACUCAUGCUCUUCUCCGUGGUCUUCUUAAUCGGAGCGGCCAUCCAGGUCGGCGCGCACCACGCCAUCGGCCAGAUCUAUGGCGGUCGUGUCAUUGCCGGUCUGGGCAUCGGUGGUAUGUCCAGCAUCACGCCGGUCUUCGUCAGCGAGAACUGUCCUCCCGAGCAACGUGGUCGCAUUGCCGGACUUUUCCAGGAGUUCCUCGUUAUUGGCAGUACCUUUGCCUACUGGCUGGACUAUGGCGUGGCCUUGCGGAUUCCCGAGGGGACGAGCCAGUGGCGUAUCCCUGUUGCGAUCCAGCUGAUUCCGGGCGGAUUGAUGCUGAUCGGAUUAUUCUUCCUGAAGGAGUCUCCGCGUUGGCUGAUGAAGCAGGGCCGUCAGGACGAGGCUCUUGCUUCUUUGGCGUAUAUCCGCAAUGAGUCCGUCGACAACGAUGACGUCCGCAAGGAAAUUGCGGAGAUUCACGCCGCCAUUGAGGAAGAGACGACCGCUACCGAGGGCGUUACUUGGCGGGAGUGCUUAACCAAGAGCAACCGAUACCGAUUCUUUCUGGCCUUCGUCAUGAUGUUCUGGCAGCAGUUCUCCGGCACCAACAGUAUUGGAUACUACGCACCUCAGAUCUUUGCGUCGGUCGGUGUCAGCUCCACCAAUACCUCACUUUUUGCUACUGGUGUCUACGGAACUGUCAAGGUCGUCGCCACGGCCAUUUUCCUUCUCAUUGGUAUCGACCGCUGGGGCCGAAAGUACAGUAUGAUGGGCGGCGCGGCCUGGAUGGCCAUAAUGAUGUUCAUUAUCGGCGCUGUCCUGGCGACGAACCCGCCAGACGAGGGCUCCACGACCGUCUCUCCAGCAUCGACUGCCAUGAUCGCCAUGAUCUAUCUCUAUGUCAUUGGAUACUCCUUCUCCUGGGGCCCGACUCCAUGGGUAUAUCUGGGCGAGAUCUUCCCCACCCGCCUCCGCUCCUACGGUGUCGGCCUCGGAGCCGCAACGCAGUGGCUGUUCAACUUUGUCAUUACCGAGAUUACCCCUCGCGCCAUCAACUCGAUCAAAUGGAAGACCUUCAUUAUGUUCGGUGCUUUCUGUACCGGCAUGGGUAUCUUUGUCACAAUCUUCAUCAAGGAGACCAAGGGCAAGACGCUUGAGGAAAUGGAUUUGGUAUUUGGUGCUGUGGAUGAGGAGCAGAGACAGGCGGAUGUCGAGACUACUCUCCACAAGACUAAUUUCGGGCAUGCCGAGCAUGCUGAGGAGCGACAGGGCUCGACUUCUAGAUAA